AUGCAGGAGCCCUUGCUGGGAGCCGAGGGCCGGGACUACGACACCUUCCCGGAGGAGCCGCCCCCGUCCCGGUCCCCGUCGCCGGGGGAGAGUACGCGGGUCGGCCCUACCACCACCAGAGCCCUACAGAACAAGAGGGUGUUCCUGGCUACCUUCGCUGCUGUGCUGGGCAAUUUCAGCUUCGGCUAUGCCCUGGUCUACACGUCCCCUGUGAUCCCGGCCCUGGAGCGCUCCUUGGAUCCAAACCUGAGUCUGACCAAAACCCAGGCAUCCUGGUUCGGGUCCGUGUUCACCUUGGGUGCUGCAGCUGGGGGCCUCAGUGCCAUGGUUCUCAACGACCUCCUGGGCCGGAAGCUGAGCAUCAUGUUCUCGGCCGUACCCUCGGCAGCCGGCUAUGCGCUCAUGGCAGGUGCCCGCGGACUCUGGAUGCUGCUGCUGGGGAGGACACUGACAGGCUUCGCUGGGGGGCUCACAGCUGCCUGCAUCCCGGUGUACGUGUCUGAGAUUGCUCUCCCAGGUGUUCGUGGGGCUCUGGGGGCCACCCCCCAGCUCAUGGCAGUGUUCGGAUCGCUGUCUCUCUAUGCCCUUGGCCUCCUGCUGCCGUGGCGCUGGCUGGCUGUGGCCGGGGAGGGGCCUGUGGUCAUCAUGAUCCUGCUGCUCAGCUUCAUGCCCAACUCGCCACGCUUCCUACUGUCACGGGGCCGGGACGCGGAGGCCCUGCAGGCGCUGGCCUGGCUGCGUGGGGCCAAUGCCGACAUCCGCUGGGAGUUCCAACAAAUCAAGGACAACGUCCAGAGACAGAGCAGCCGCAUGUCGUGGGCCGAGGCUCGGGACCCCCACAUGUACCGCCCCAUCGCCAUUUCCGUGCUCAUGCGCUUCCUGCAGCAGCUGACCGGCAUCACGCCCAUCCUUGUCUACCUGCAGCCCAUCUUCAAUAGCACCGCUGUCCUGCUGCCCCCUGAGGAUGACGCAGCCAUUGUGGGGGCCAUGAGACUCUUGUCCGUGCUGAUCGCAGCUCUCACCAUGGACCUGGCUGGCCGCAAGGUUCUGCUCUUCGUCUCAGCUUCCAUCAUGUUUGCUGCCAACCUGACACUGGGGCUGUAUGUCCACUUCACUCCCAAGCCUCUGACCCCCAAUAGCACCAUGGGCCUCGAGAGUGUGCCAUUGGGGGGCACAGAGCAGCCCCUGGCCACACCCACCAACUACCUCACCUUGGUGCCCUUGCUGGCCACCAUGCUCUUCAUCAUGGGCUACGCCAUGGGCUGGGGGCCCAUCACCUGGCUCCUCAUGUCUGAGAUCCUGCCCCUGCGGGCGCGUGGCGUGGCCUCGGGGCUCUGCGUGCUGGUCAGCUGGCUCACGGCCUUCGCCCUCACCAAGUCCUUCCUGCUGGUGGUGAACGCCUUCGGCCUCCAGGUGCCUUUCUUCUUCUUUGCUGCCAUCUGCUUGCUGAACCUGGUGUUCACUGGCUGCUGUGUGCCGGAGACAAAGGGCCGCUCGCUGGAGCAGAUCGAGUCCUUCUUCCGGACCGGGAGGAGGUCCUUCCUGCACUAGGUCAGGGUCCCUCUGGAAGGGGCCAAACCACUGGCAGCCAGGCCUUUGUGUUGGACACUAACCUGCACCAGGAGUCCAGCAAGCAGGAGCAACCUGCCACCAGCCACAUAGCACCGGCCAGAAGCACGACAGGCCCCCAGAGCGCACUUUCCAGCACCAGACAGCCAGCAGCACCAUCCAGCCUUGGCCUCAGUUCAGGCAGCCUGUGGUGCUGCUCACAUAUCAGCCAGGACAGACCCAAAGAGGAGGUAGCCAUGAACCACAGGGGGCAAGGCCACACUGGGCAACCUCAGGCCUAAGUGCUUCCUCAUACAUGUUGGAUGCCUCUCACAGAGGACUGUGAUGAGGACAGAUGGCUGGAGGCAGAGGAGUGGCUCCAGUCACUUGACCGCCAUCCAGCACAUUGGCUAUGGGAAGGCAGAAAUCUGCACCUGAGGGCUGCAGACACCACGGGCAAUGUCCCAGACUCCCACAGGCUGGGCUCUGGACCCAGCACAAACACUAACUCCUGCACCAGCUCGACAUCUGGGAACAGGAGGCUCCAUUGCUCCUGGAUACAAACGGUGUACCCCCUAUUUAUAAAAAUAAACUGGGCUGUGACCCUCCAGAGGAAGGAGUUCUGGUAGGUGAGCCCCCCUAAUGGCCAGGCUAGACCCACAUUUUUAACCAUGGUUGCCAGGGCCUGCUGUCCCAGGUGGACACCCUUAUUGCCACCCUGACCUAUCCCCAGUGAGGCAGAGGCUCAAGGCAGCCUGUGAGGGCAGCCUGGCAAUGGAGUCAGCCCUGCCCACUCUUCCUAGCUGUGGGACCUCAGGCAAGAGGCUGGCGGCACA